AUAACCAAUUUGUUCUAGAACUCGUCUUUAUCUAUGACUCCAAGCUUGUUUAUUGUGUAUGCUCGCAUUUCCCACAUUUCCAAAAAAAAAGCUGUUUGAACUGAUUUAGUGUGUUGCUACAUCUGUAUACAGAAUGUCUGAAGAGGACGUUAUCAAGAGACGUUUAAUUUUUGAUGGAGAUGGUACAGGCGAAGACCGUCGCCUCAAUGUUAUGAUGAAAAUAAUUUCUAAAUGGAUUAACACAGCUGAUGAAUCCGAAGAAGACUGCCAGGUGAUAAGUGAUAAAAUUCUUGCUCAAUUAGCUUUAGUUGAACAUUCCCGACAUCGUUCCGAGUUUGUUCGCAAGCAAACUGAAGAGCAAAACGCAAAGUACAAGGCGCUACAGGCAGAAAUGGAAACUAACAUCCGUAUUAAAAAGAGGGAAAUUUCUACGCAAAAAGAUGAGCUUGAGCAGGCAAAGAUUAUCAAACAAAAUCGAAUUCAGUACGACUUAUUGGCUAAGGCGAUUGCUAAGGAACCUCCACGCACAGAAAUGAAUAAAAACCUAAAAGUCCUCCAAAAAGAACUCGCAGAGUUGGCCUCCGAAAAGAAGCAACUAGAAAAUAAGCUGGACAGUCGAAAAAAGCAGUUUAACGUACUGUCAACAUCAGCAAAUUGCUUGGCUGAACAGUUAGCCAAUGAUACCAAAGAGAAUUCCUUGGGAAAUAAAUCGAAAAUCGUCACUGUCGCACCAGAAGCUGAACUUAUGUCUGAAUAGUAGCGACUUCUUAACGUUCAAGUGUAUAAUUUGCUUCCAACCGAACUUCCAUCACUAGACAUUUAAGAAACCUCAAUCAUAGACAAAGACGAGAUAAAGCCCUCAAUAUUCGCAAAUUCGUCGCAAUCGGGGUGACCCGACGGAGAAAUGGCGGUGGUCGAAAAAUCGGCAAACGUAGAUUUAUUAUUAUCUUUUUUGAAAUAUCGGGAGAAUGGUACGAUGUAUUUUAAUGAAACUCACUGUGAAUUUGUUCUUAUGUAAGACUCAUAUUUUGAUGAAACAAUGGAGUUCAGCCGUUUUGGACAAGUGGUGAAUUCUUGAGUGUCGUGGUACAAAAACUACCAGAACUUUAUAUUUGGAGGAUGAAAUCAACUCAUUUUUUUUUGGUUGAUGCACUAAUCAUGUAUUUACAAUUGUGUGCUCUGUAAAAUCUUGUAGCACUCAUAGUUGUUGCGAAAAAAAUAUUUCUGUUUUCUUGCAACUUAACAAUGUUAGACAAUAACUGCAAAUAUCGUGAUACAAGGCAUAAAUUAAUUGUUAAUGAAUCACACAAAUUCGUUUCGAACGAUCUUUUCUAAUGCAGAAGUGACCGACAUGGUCAAAGAAUUAGGGUUUAGCGAAGACAACUUGGGUGACUAACAUUGUUGAGUGGCAAGAAAGCAGACAAUUUUUUUGCGCAAAAACAUUUAAAUCAGCCCUGUGCUGUAUCACUCACGUUAACUUUAACGUGCAUGUUAUCCGUCAAACACGUUAUGUGGCUCCAACUCGUGUGUUGUAUCAGUCAAACCUUUAUAUUAUAACAAGCGCACGCUAUCGACGAACGUUAUAUGAAGAAAUAGCGCUUCAGAAUAACAGCAUCAAAUCACAUGCCGCUUUCGAACUUAACGUGCUGCCCUCGAAGUUAACUUCGGGGAAUAAAUAAAUCAAUUGUGUUUAAUCAGAGUGUAGUUUUGUCUUUUAGCUAUAAUUUGUUUUUAAUUUAAAACAAAAAUAUGUCUUUUGGUGGUCUCAUAAGGUUAGCUUUAUUAGAACAAUUAGUAAAUGGUCUUGAAAAUAAACUUUAUUUUUGUCCACAAACUACUAAAUUUUCAAAUUGUUUGCGGGUUGUUUUUUUUUUCUUCUGUAUAUGCUCCAUUGAAAGUGUUUGAGAAGAUAGGUCAAGAACAAUAACAAACGAAAUUAAAAGCGAAUGCAAAUCAUCGGUUGUGUUGCUGCGUUAUCRAAAAUGUUAUCCUGAACUGUUAAGUUGCCAUAACGUGUGGCCGUUAAAAAUAGCAUUUAUGAUACMGCACAGGGCUGAAUACGUAUUCAGAUAGAAAUUUCCAAAUUUGAUCGCUCAAACUACGUUGCGUGAAUAAGCUUAUUUUUAAGUUUAGGAUUAUGUUCAAGUUGUAGAAGUUCGACUCUAGUUUAGUUUUCCUUUCCUCGAGUGUGCUUACUUUUUUAUUGAAAAUAUUUUUUUAACUUUAGUGUUUUUAGUCUAAAAUGCGAAAGUAAGGACACGUAGACGAAAAUCGACAAUUUAUGAAAUAAAACACGACUCAAUUCUA